GACAUGCCGCUUGUUCCAUGAUAGAACAGAAUCGUAAGAAUACGAUAUUUAGGUGUGUCUAUUUAAAUACCGAACUAGAAUGUCUCCCGAACUUUUGAUUAAUAUUUUAUACGAAUAUUCCGAGUAUGUGAAACCGCUUCCCCGCGUUACGUGCGCUAGAUUUAGGUAACGUUUGUGCCGGAACAUAUGCACUAAAACUGAUCGAAAUCGUGUUUUCUGUGUGUCGUGUACCAUAGGUCUUCUGGUUUAAUGUUAAAUUAAAAUGUGGAAUAUGAUGUGCGACGUGAUGCCUACGAUAUCGGAGGACAGUAUCAGCCAGCGGAGUUCGCAGGUCUCCGGGGAGGAUGCGAACUUUGAGCAACUGAUGGUGUCUAUGUUAGACGAACGCGAUAAGUUGGUUGAGAGUUUGCGAGAGACACAGGAGCGGCUCGGUGACUCGGAACUGCGCCUCAAGGAAGUGGAAAAGGAGAGGGAUGCCCUUCAUAGACAGAUCGCCGCCAACCUACCACAGGCACGGCGGCACGAAGUAGUCUGCAAUAAAUUGACUUAAGUGGCCUUCUCCUCCAAAUUAAUGUACUGUGAAAUAAAUCUAUAAAAACCUA